AUGAACGUCAAUGAGAACAUUGACAGGGACGUCACGGUCUUGGCAUGCUUUGGGCAUGUAGGGCGUGACCUUAAUCCAUCAUUACAUAGGCUUUUAUCUAUAGAGGAAGAAUAUGUGAAAAAUAUGAUUGAAGUAAUUGAAGAUAUCAAAUUCUUCCAAGAUGCACUCGAACCACAAUUUGACAAGCUAAUGAGACUUGUCGCAAAAAUACAAGUGUUUUAUGAAGAGGACGAGACACGACUCCGCCACGGCCAGAAAUUAAUAGUCAAAGAGCAAACCUCAUCUAACGACCAUACUUUUAGAAAGAGUGCAGUGCUAAGAAAAGUCAUCUCUCUUCAUUACCGUUGCCUUUAUUUAGUUCCGGUUAUUUUAGCUAAGGUGUUCGGACGGCUGCACAAAGGAUUUGAUUACAAAUAUCAUGAUUUUAUAUAUAACAAACUCAUUGCUUGA